CGCGCAGUAAGCCCAUGCUUCAUAAGCAAGCCGCCGCCACUCGGUCUCUCAGCGCCUCCACUGAUCCCUAGUCAGUGCAGCUGGUCAGAGAAGAUGGCACUGGCCGACACAGAGCGCGGAGUGUCCGCCUGCGGGGACUCCGUCGCCCCGUUCUCAGAGAUCAUUGAGCUGAACGUCGGCGGACAGGUUUAUGUCACCAGACACAAAACUCUGAUCGCCGUCCCAGACUCGCUCCUGUGGAACAUGUUCAGCAAGAAGUCGCCCAAGGAGUUGGCGAGGGACAGCAAAGGGCGCUUCUUUCUGGACAGGGACGGCUUCUUGUUCCGCUACAUUCUUGACUAUCUCCGAGAUCUGAACUUGGUCCUCCCGGACUACUUCCCCGAGAAGAGUCGGCUGCAGAGGGAGGCAGACUUUUUCCAGCUGCGGGACCUCGCGAAACGGCUCAGCCCCCGGAUGAGUAAGGACAAUUCAAUCAGCGAGGAGAUCAGCCAGAGCGACACGGAGGAGGGCGCGCAGCAGUGCGGCUCGUCCUCUGGCAUCGAGGCUUUACGCACCAUGUCAGUCAGCGGGGCCAUGCGCUCCCCGUCUCUGGACUCCAGAAAGUCGGGCUAUAUCACGAUAGGAUACCGCGGCUCGUACACUAUUGGCAGAGACAUCCAAACCGAUGCCAAAUUCAGGAGAGUGGCGCGCAUCACGGUUUGCGGGAAGACGUCUCUGGCCAAAGAAGUGUUUGGGGACACGCUGAAUGAGAGCAGAGACCCGGACAGGCCCCCGGAGAGAUACACGUCCCGGUACUAUCUGAAGUACAAUUUCCUAGAGCAGGCGUUUGACAAGCUGACAGAAGUGGGCUUUCACAUGGUGGCCUGUAGCUCCACGGGCACCUGCGCCUACACCAGCAAUGAUCCAAACGAGGACAAAAUUUGGACAAGCUACACUGAAUAUGUAUUCUGCCGGGAAUAACCACCAGUAUUCAUGCCACAUCGAUGUAAAUAUACAUUUCACAAUGUAUAGAGGAAUGUCUUUAAAUUAAGUAUUACAUUUGCUGUGGUAAAUAGCUUGGUAAAGGACGAGCAACUCCUAAAUAUUGCUCUGUUAUUGAUUGACUAUUAGACGCAAAAUGCCCCCAAAAUAGAUUAUAAACACGACAAUUGGACAAAAACAAGUUUAUGCAAUCUGCAGGUUCAAAGUGACCAAAGUAUGGUUUGAGUUGGACGCCCUGUUCCAACGAAAAUUCUCUCCACCUCAUAGAGCUGCAUGUCAAUGUCUCUGUCAUAUCUGACUCAGUGCUGUGUGAAUUGAGUGGCAUCCAGGAACAGACAAGCAGCGAUUAGUAUUCAGUGUCAUUGUUACUUCUAGGCUUGCUUGAGCACUUGUUUGGCCGAGUUUUGUAUUAUCCAGUAGGCUUUUAGAGCAGUUCUAUCACUGACAUGAUUGUAAGUGUAUGUAGAGUGUUGUAUUUGUUAUAAACUUGUUCAGACUAAAUAAAAUCUUCUACUCUGUUAUUCUCA